CAUUUUUCAAGACGACGUUCGAAGAUAACUUCGAGUUUCAGCACUGAGUAUGUUUUGAGUGAGUCAAGUACUAACUUUGCCACCUUGCCAGGUACUAGGUGGAGCUCUUGUUUUACUUUGGACCGGCAGAGUGUGAUAGCCAUGGGUAGUGGGACAUCCAGUCCUGAGGCGCCGCAGCCGCAAGCUUCUCCUGCACCUGUAUCGCCACCCUCCGGUUGCCCAAUGCAUGAAUCCAACGCCAAGGCACCCGAUAAACAUGAUAAAGGGCCGGUGUUGACUCGUGCUCCGCCAGGGUCAGGUUGCCCUAUGCACGAAUCCUAUGAUCCCUCUAAAGUCAACCCUGAUAAUAACGAAAUGCCUCCAAACCAGAUGCCAUCCCCUGGUCAGCCGUUCGCACUACCAACCGAUCGCGAAGUUUCGUCCAUACCCAAGGGCGGCGUAGGAGAUGAUAAGUGGGUCUAUCCGUCGCAGCAAAUGUUCUGGAAUGCAAUGCUGCGUAAAGGCUGGCGAUGGGAGCCGGAGGACAUCAAGCAGCAGGACAUGUCCGCGAUCAUCAGCAUACACAACAGGAACAAUGAAGAAGCCUGGGAGGAAGUGCUCAAAUGGGAACGUCUGCAUGUACAUGAGUGUGAGCAGCCCAAGUUGCUGAGGUUUGGCGGCAAAGCCAAGCAGUACUCGCCCCGUGCUCGUCUUCGCAGUUGGAUGGGAUUUGAGUUGCCGUUCGACCGCCACGACUGGGUCGUUGACCGAUGCGGUCGGGAAGUGCGCUACGUCAUCGAUUACUAUGAUGGUGGCGGCGUUGACGAUGAAAACGCAACGUUUGUGCGCCUGGACGUGCGGCCUGCCUUCGACUCCUUCACCGCAGUCUACGACCGGGCACGUGUGGCCACGUGGAGAUGGCGUGCAGACUGGCAGAGCCGUGGCCAAGAAAAGGGUACCUCUGAAGGUGACAGCUAAGAGGAGUUGAUAGUGCUCAAGCUCAGACCUGUGAAUAUCUAUUAUUCAAUACAUGUUCGUCUAUUUCCAUUGACAAGGAACACUUUGGCUGCAGCAAGGCUAAGAAAUGCCUCCCGAGCAGGGCAGGAACAGUCCACCAUAGGAACACGGGCAUCGAUGCUAUUGGAGCAUGCAGUGAACGCCAUUGACUCUUAUCUACCUGGUAUUUAAAUGCUAUGAAGUCGCUCUGUCGGAACGCAACCGACAGAAGAAAGGAUGGUUCUGAUGAAGCAUUAGCGACUUACCUGGUGGCAGUUGCAAGGAGAACAGGAAGAAUGCCGUGACAGCGAGCACAACAAGAGCGUGGACAGAAGCGACAGCUACGGAGUCACUCCUUGCUUUUUUUGAAAAACUCAGAAGUGCUCCAGAAAACAGUUUGUCUUUA